UGCCAUGCAUGCAUGCAUAAAAUUAAGAAACUAAGUACCAAAUAUACUUCAUGUAGAAUUAUUGUGGUUGUUGGAAAUAGAAUCUAUGUAAAAAAGGAAACAAAAAAUCGGAAGCAGAAUCUACUACUCAAGUUGAUGGUUCUCAUUCCAAAAAUAAAAAUAUUGGUCAUGCUGCCUAAGAUACAAAAUAAUACCUAAAAAUAGAUAAUCAAUAUUCGUCUAUAUAUAUAUAUACUGAAUUACUAUCAUCAAUCAAAUUAAAUACGUACUCGAAAAAAAGUAGAAAAUAUCGAAAAAAAAGAGAGGAGAAAAGAUCGAAGAGAUGGCGGGAGAGGGAGAUGAAGAAGCUGGUUGGGAGCGUCCACAGAUGGUUGCCGAAGCAGAAGUUGGAGGACGAGCCAUCUGCUUACUUAGUUUGCUGCAGGUGAUUGUGGUAUGUGUGACAAUGAGUGUGGAGAUCGCACUGAUAAUGGGAGUAGGUGGGCCGAAGCAUCGAACAAGUUUGUUGUGGGUGUCGCCGUUCACAUCGAUUAUCUCGGUGUGUUUGGUUUUGUGUCGAUAUUGUGUUGACAAUAACCCGAUGAUGACGUGGUUUGUUUAUGCUAUGACGGUUGGUUUCUCUGUGCUGCACAUAGGAAGCAGCACGUUCCACUUGCUGAAGGCGCUCAACGGUUGGAAAUUGAAGAAUUUUUUAAUCAACUAUCCGCUUAUUUACGCCGUAUGCAUCUUGGUUUUUGUCAUUAUCCACAUGUCUUAUUUGGUAGAAGACAUGAGCUAGGAUUAUUAACUCAACGAUCGGCCAUCUGUUGUUAUGCGUGCUGCCGUUAUUUUUCGUUUUCACUUUUCAAUUUC